CGUCGCUUCGCCCGCACUGGUCCCGGAUCUGCGCGCGAUUCACCUCUGGCUAGCCCACCCGUCUGACCGAUGGCGUCCUCCGAUCGCAAACCAUUCCCUUUUAAGAUCCUGCAACUAGAAAAUGAGAUUCAGAAGAACGUGGCCCAGAACUUCCGAGGAUUCCCAAAUGGACUAGCGUCAUGCAACCACUGGGGCCACAAGCUGUCGGCUACCGUCACAGAGGCCGAGCUGGAGGACCUGUACAACUACCCGCUGGACCCGCGGGACGUCUGGGUGGUGACGCCACCCAAGUGUGGCACUACCUGGACCCAGGAGAUGGUGUGGCUCAUCGCCAACGAUCUGGACUACGAGGGAGCCAAGACGCCUCUUAUGCCCGACAGGUGGAACUACAUCGAGUUUGCUGCCCUUGUAGACAAGGAUAUCAUUGGGCGCUUCCUACCGUUAUCCGCCAAUGGCGGUCUCCAAGACACGACCGCGUUGACCGGUGACCCCAACCGUCCGUCUCCACGCUUCAUCAAGACACACUUGCCGAUGUGCAUGAACAACCCGCGCCUUCUCGACGUCUGCAAGGUCGUCUACGUGGCCAGAAACCCAAAGGACAUCUGCGUUUCUUACUACCAUCACUGCAAACUCUUCCAGUGCCACGAUUUCACGGGAGACCUGGAGCUGUUCGUGGAGAAUAUGAUACAUGGCAACAUAAUGGAGAGUAAGGUGAUCGACCAUAUGAUUGAGGCAUGGAACCUGCGUCAUCAUCCCAACAUGUGCUUCCUGUUCUUCGAGGACAUGAAGCAUGAUCUGAAGACAGAGAUCCGCAGGGUGGCCAAGUUCCUCGGCAAGUCAUACUCGGACGAGCAGGUGGAGAAGCUGGCCCAUCACCUGCACAUCGACAACUUCAAAAACAAUCCUUACGUGAACAGAGAGGACCUUAAGGGAAGAGGUCUGAUGCACGCGGACCAGGGCAACUUUGUCCGAAAGGGCAAAACAGGCGAUUGGAAGAACUACUUCACUCCGGAGAUGAAUGCCAAGGUUGAGCGCUGGAUGGCCGACAAGAUGAGGGGAACUGAUCUGCGGUUCGUGCAGGAGCUGGACCGGCAGGACUGAUGUCGGACGGCCACCAGGUGCCGGCGAUGGCUCGGGCGGAACCACAGGCCAGGUCCGGUCAGGUGCCGUCCGUCAGCCCCGCAGACUCAUCCCCCCCUGGUCACUCUGGUGUUAAGCCUAACCUCCAAAAAGUACCGUUUAGCCGAUGCUCAAGCCAGAAAUACAAAGCAAUAAUGGGCGCGUUUUUUUGUCAUGAGAGGUAACAGCAUCCUGCUUCACGGGAUUACAUGCUUCCCUAAAAAUUUUAGCGUGAUUUGCCGCCCUAUGUGAACGUAAUAUCACCUUGCCUAAAACUAUCCAUCCCCUUACUAACGUUUGGUUACCCUCCAUCAAAACCUCUCCCCACCAUGCGUAACGCAAUUUGUGGACGGCCCCAGCAAGAAGUCUACAGUUUAAA